AUGGUCAGCGUGUCAGGAGUGCAGGUCCACGUGUUGAGGCUCACCAUUGCGGUGGCCUUAAUUCUCAUUAUCUUCCUUUUCUUCGACCCAAUUGGCUUUGCUUCAGAGUCGUUGACAAACUUUAUGACCCCUGGAUCGACUCAUGUUGUUACUCACCUGGUCCUGUUUCACUUCAGCAAGUCCGCCGACCCUGCUGCGGUUCGCCAGGCUUGUACGCGUAUGCUUGCGCUGAAGGAUGAAUGUUUGGCGCCCAAUUCACAGCAUCCCUACAUCAAGAGUAUCAGCGGAGGCAAGGAUAUGUCCACUGAGGGUCUUCAGGAUGGCUUGACGCAUGCCUUUGUCGUCCAGUUCGAGAACCACAACGACAGAGACUACUAUGUCCAGCAUGACCCCGUCCACAAGGCAUUCAAGAAGGAGAUUGAGCCAAUUAUCGAGAAAGUCACUGUUCUGGAUUUCAUUAACGGCGAAUUCUAA